ACCGGCUGGAUGAAGACUUUGGCGUCCCUCCCUGAGAACAUCCGGCUUCUUUGAUCCUGGACCUCGCCCAGCUCCGCUUCCCGCCAUGUUCCACCUAAUCAAGAAGGACCGAGACGGGUCCAGGAAGGAGAAGAAGAAGGAGAAGGAGAAGAAGGAACGCAUGUCGGCUGCCGAGCUGAAGAGCCUGGAGGAGAUGAGCUUGCGCCGCGGCUUCUUCCACCUCAACCGGGCUUCCAAGAAGGACGCCAAGAACCGCCUGGAGAUCUCCAACCCGAUCCCCAUCAAAGUGGCCAGCGGCUCAGACCUCCACCUCACCGACAUCGACUCCGACAGCAACCGGGGCAGCGUGAUCUUGGACUCCGGGCACCUCAGCACGGCCAGCUCCAGCGACGACCUCAAAGUGGACGAUGGCAACUUCAAGGGUUCGGUGCUCCAGCGGGCCGCCAAGUUCGGCUCGUUGGCCAAGCAGAACUCCCAGAUGAUCGUGAAGAGGUUCUCCUUCUCCCAGAAGAGCCGCGACGAGAGCGCCUCAGAGACCUCCACGCCUUCCGAGCAUUCGGCAGCGCCUUCCCCGCAGGUGGAGACACGGACCCUGGAGAUGCAGCUGGCAAAACACGGCGCCGGGACGCCUCCCUACCCCUCGCUGGCCUCCGCCUCGCGCCCCCGGCUGCCCGAAUUGGUGAGCAAGCGGUUCCCGGCGGAGUUGAAGCUCCCCGCGGUGGUGCCUCCACAACCCCCCGUGCCCCGCCAGCUGGAGCUGCAACGGCGCAACACGGGAGAUUUCGGCUUCUCCUUGCGCCGUACCACCAUGCUGGACAGGGCGGCCGACGGGCACGUGUAUCGGCGAGUGGUGCAUUUUGCCGAGCCGGGGGCCGGAACCAAAGAUCUGGCCUUGGGCUUGGUGCCGGGCGACCGUCUGGUGGAGAUCAACGGGCACAAUGUGGAAAAUAUAUCCCGGGACGAGAUCGUGGAGAUGAUCCGGCAGUCGGGAGAGACGGUGCGGCUGAAGGUGCAGCCGAUUUUGGAACUGAGCGAGCUGAGCCGCUGCUGGCUGAAGAAUGGCGAGCGAGCCCAAGGAGCGGCCUUUGAUGUGAGUAGCUGGUACGCGUUGGGCAGGCUGGGGGCUGAUGGGGGUCUCCUUCCCCCUUGCGGCUGA